GUAUCCGCGGCUGUGGUCGGUCGCACGCCCGUCAGUGGCCAGUCCGCGAAGGCGCGUCGAUGUGGUCACACGCUUGCGUAGUAACACGCGCGCGAGUUCGCGAGUGUACAAUUUAAAAACAAACGCGUUCUAUAGUUUCGAAAUUCGAAAACUGUUUAUUUUUUUUAUCUGUGUUACCUGUGACCAUGAAGUUUUUAGUGUUGUUUUUGGUGUUCGCGGCGACCGCGGCCGCUGUAUCCGCCGCUGCCACCUCGUGCUCCCCGUCUGAAGAUUUCUUCUCUAGACACAACGUAUCAGCUGAUGAUCGCAAUGUACCAGGUUCAGUUUGCGGCGGGCACUGCUGCGGACGAGGCAGAGAGACUCAGCUGAGAAACGCUCUCCGAAGAACAGCCGAGCAGCGCGUCGCGUCUGCUGUGAGGCCCAUCUCGGAGCUAUUGUUAGCCACCAAGAGAACGUUGCAAGAACACCUAACAACGUUAUCUUACCAGCUGCAGAACAAAACGGCGAUAUUCUUCACUCAGCUAUAUAAGAGCAACGCGAUACGAACGCACGCGCCUCUUGCAGCGCUCUACGAUGACAUAAGAAUACUCCUAAAGUCCAGCUCGGACGAAGGCAACGGGGCAGAACUAGGCUCGCCAUCCCCUAAGGACCUGACAAUAAGCACCAACAAGUUCUUCCGCGAAGUGUUUCCGGUGGCAUAUCAGAACGUGUUGAAGUUAUAUCCGAAGCAGUUCAUGCCGGAGUAUGAGGCGUGUUUGAAAGACGCGUACGACGCUGUCCAGCCGUUCGGAGAUGUUCCUCAACAGCUGGGAGUAUCCCUAUCGCAGUCACUAGAGGCAGCACGAGCGUUGCUUCAAGCUCUGCUGGUGGGAGCCGAAGUCCUGGCCACCAGCGAGGGAAUGCUGGCCGCCUCCAACGAGGAGUGCUCUACCAAGCUGCUGCAACUGGGCGGCUGUUCGCGCUGCAAGGGCUUCAACACGAGCCCUUGCCGGAACUACUGCUUGAAUGUUGCGAGAGGGUGCAUAGGCUCCCUGGUGGUAGAUCUGGACGCGCCGUGGGCAGGCUACGUGGAGGGAGUGGAGCGGCUCGCCAGGACGGACGCCGACGCCGCACUGCGGACGCUGGACUCCAAGGUGUCUUCAGCGAUCAUGCACGCUCUCGAAAACCAUGUGAUUUUGGAGAAAAAGGUACGACAAGAGUGCGGCCCGCCAACAACACUGGACACCCCGAACACGGCCACCACCUGGUCUACUCCCGGAGCAUCCAGACGAGAUGCCCUCCGAGCUCCCCCGCCCGACACUGAGCUCUUGCAGUUCGCUGCGACACUGUCUGCUAGCAAGAAACUGUUUGCUAGUCUCUCGGACAGACUGUGCGACGAACCUGACUUCGCUAAUGAGAACAAUGAACAGUGCUGGAAUGGCGAGACUAUUGGAGAGUAUACGAAAGCACUGGUUUCAUCAGCAUCAAUAAGUGAUCAGAAAUACAAUCCAGAAAUAACUGCGACCGCUCACGAAGAUUUCAGGCUAGCAGUGCUGGGAGUUAAAUUGCAACAUGCUAGACAGGUGUUAGUUUCCCACUCUUGGGCUGGAUCCGUGCCAGCAGCUGAAUCCUUCAUGCAAAGUGACGAGGCUGGUGACGAGGGCUCAGGGUCAGGCAGAAGUUACAGCGAAGACGACGCCACAUAUGAUGCUGAAGGGUCUGGUGAAGAAGGUUCUGGUGAACAGGAAGCUGGAAGCAAAGCGUUUGAAGAAACAACGUAUUCAUCGACGCCUAGAACAUCAUCCGCUGCUGCAUUCGAACCGCUGAUGUCCAUUGUAAUCAGCUUUGCAACAUAUCAGUUUCUGCAAUACUUAAACCAGUUUAGGCCUGUUAACUGCCUCAGCGGAGCCCUGUGAACAAAUUACUUAAAAAUAUCCAUAUCAAUGUUUGAAGUGAAGUGAGUGAAUGUGACUUUGACGACAAUUAAUUGACGAAGUUAUGUAUUGACAAAAACGGACAGAGAAACUGUAAAGAUGGAGACAUAUUUUUGAGAACAAUGGUUAAUAGUUUAAGUUUGCAUUGAAGCUUAGAGUUUAAAUAAAAUUAUCUGAAAAUACGUCUUCGUUCCAAAUAUAUGCCUCCAUCUAGAAGCUACCAAUUUUAAAAAAUAUUUAUAUAGAAUAUGUGUGUAAGCAUUAAAGCGAAUUAUACUAUUGUAGUAUUUUGGAGAGAGGUGUGUACUAUCAGUGACACUUUUGACCAAGCAGUUAAUAACGAAGUUAUUACAACUGUUAACAAUAAGAAGAAUCUCAGACGUGCUACCGGUUUGUAACAACUCAAAGUUGAUAGCCCCUUUUGUAGGUAUUUUACUAGAGGAUGAUGUAAAUGUAGUUUUCUCUUAUUUAAAAGACAAAUUGUAAGAUAUAACAUUGAUAUUAAUGAGGAACAUUUAAGUAGGUGUUACGGAAGUUGUUGAAUUUGAAGUGAUAUGUGUUUCGAAUAACAAAAUUGUGCUAAUUUCUGUGACAACUUUAAAAAUAGACGAUUGUAAAAAAAAUAUCGACUAAUCAUCUGAAUUUCUCAAAUAUGAGUCUUGACUUCGGGAAAACAGUUUUUGUUUUUCAUUAAUACAGAUCAAAUAUAAAAAACGAUUUAGGAUAUAAUGUGUCCUACGUAGCUAGUCUCAUACUAGUGCUAAAUGCCAGCUUUCAGACUACAGAGUAUAAAAGAGAAACGAUUAUUUUGAAAUCGAUGAUAAUAAAAGAUGCAUUUAAAAUAUAUAUAAUAUCAGUUUAAUGUGUAAUAUACAGCAUAUCAAAAUGUUUAAUCUAUUUGUAAAUAUAUUCGGGAUCUAUUUUUAUUAGAAUAAAUUGACUCAUGACGCGAGUCAAUGUGUGUAAGGUUAUAUUGAAUUAAUUGGCGAAAUAUUAAAUAUUUUACUAAAUUACAAUGCUAUUAUAAAAUAUAUCCAACAUGAAAGUAUAAAUAUACGCCUCCAUUAAAAUAAUACAGAGUUUAACGUGAUAAAAAUAAAAUUAUGAAUAGUAAUUAAUUCAUGAAAUCAGUGAAUAAACUAGAAUUUAACUUUUCGCUUGUUAAUUCAAUAGCCUUAUUUAGUGUAUAAAUAUUACUUGAAGAAUCUCUAAUCAAUGUUGAAACUAGCUGAUUGGCAAUAAAUAUAUUAGAGAAAUAUAACAAUUAGACAUCAGUGAUACAAAAUAUAUAGGAUCGAUUGUACAGUUAUGUAAAUACCUAAAAUCCUACUGAUCUAGGUGCUUAGCUAGUAACAUGUUUUGUUGCCAUAUUAAUGUUACGAAUAUUAUUAUUUAUAAUUCUAAUUAAGUCAUAAAUAAAUCUAAUAUUAUGUGAUACAGAUUUAGUAGGCAUAAGUUAAUGCGAAAUGUACUGCAUUAUUUAUAUAUAUAUACGUUUAUUUAAAAUAUAGUUUAUACAUAUACAUUCUUCACACUCGAAACAAUUAGAACAAAGGCGUGUACUCCAUUUAGACAAACACUGCCAAUGUUAACUGAAAUCUCAUUUGAAAUUAUUGCUUUCUGACUUUUUAUAGUUAGCUAUCAAUAAAUUUCAUAUUUUAAUAAUGUAUGCAAAGGAAAUAGUAAAUUUUAGUGAUACUGCGGUUAGUAUAGACUAAGCUUUAAAUUACCAAUAUGUAUUGACUUGCCAAUAACCUAAAAAUGGUUAACCAAUUAAGACGGAAGAUUAAAAAACUGACGUUAUUAUAAAAAUAACUUUCUUAUUUGAUGUUGAAUCAAUUGCUAGAUACGAAUUCUUCUUCUUCUUCUUCAAUCUCUAGAAAGUCCUUAAAGUUUAGCUAUGGUAACAUCCUGAAACGCAGACUAAAUGUGGACAAUGCGGUUUAUAAUAUAGGUCAGAGAACUACGCACAUAUUCAUUGAAAGAAAAAGUAACAUAUUUUGACAUAAUAUAUGGACAGUAUAUAUAUUUUAAAUAUUAUUACUAUAUUAAAAGACAAAUACACUGGCCAAAAAAAGGUCUCCCACUCAGUAUACGUAAUGCAAGCUUAGCAAGUAGAUUUCAGUGGAAUCCUGUGGAUAAACAUUAAGUUUAUAUAGAAACUUAAAUCUAAACAUAGUAUUUUGCGAAAACGAGAAAAUCUAUCACGUACGUACAAAGAAUCUCAAAAGAAAAAUAAACUGCAUAAAUAUGUUAAAAGCCAGAAUUUCAGAAAAUACCUACUUUGUUUUUUUGUAUUUUAAUUACCUUUUUUAAAUCACAUAUUUCGUGUUAAACGUAAACGAGUGUUAGGUACGUCAAAGGACAUCAAGACUUUUUAAAUUUACCAAAUGUCAUUGUUUAAUAGCUUUUUAAGUAUGUUUGUUUAGGUUAUGUUUUAAUUAAGACAAUUAAAUUCUACAUUAAGAAAAAUUCCAACUUAACUGCAAUAAAAAAUACGUAAAAGUUGAAAAAUCUAAAUUAUAUUGAUUGGGGUUAAUCGAAUCACCAUCUAAUGGUGAAUUGAGAGGUGUUUUGGAUGCGUUGUAAAUUAUUAUUACUUGUUGAAGACAGUGAGGACCAUACAAGGAAUGUAUCAAAUUUCGAUGUUACUCUAACCAAGAUGGUUAAUUCUUAUAUGUGAGUUUUAAGCGGCGUCUAGAUUUUGAACAUCUAUCACAAAAAAGAAAUACAUUUGGAAAAAAACAAAUCACAUACAUUGUAUUUAGAAAUACCAACAACCACCAACGAUAUUUUAUUAAAAAUGCAUUUAACAGUCAAUCUGAGAAGUCCGUUCAGUUUUGUAAGUAGUGGUAAGACUACCCACCAACGGCCUUAUUUAUAAACAUGGAUUAGGAAAUUUCUUUAAAGUAAAGUGAACUUUAUUAGUGAACGUGAUUAGGUCCACUUUACUUUACUGAAGGAAGUUGAUUUUUGAAUCUCAAUCCUUGUUUAUGAAUAUGGGGGUAAGCGUAUAAAUUGAAAAUUCUUUUGAAAAACCUCCAAAGCCAAAGAGACUUUUUAAGUAGACAAACUAUACUACACUGAAUUCGCAUUCGAAUUAUAAACGGUACGAUAAUUCAACACAAUUGUAGAUGUCAAAUUAUGACGAUGAAACUUUUCCUUGGAUUUCUAUUUGUAUUCUAUUAAAGUGGAUAAAAUAUAUCGCUAAGCAUAUAAUGUCUAGCAAACAACUGCAGGCUGAAACUCACUUAUUGAGGAUUACCUUAUGGCCUUUCACACUAGCUUAAUAGUUAUAACGCAAUGCUAAAUUAGUACAGUACAUUUACACAGUGGUAGUAAAAAUCUGAAGAAAAAGCUAGUGUGAAGGAGUUCUUAAACUUAAUAUAUCUAAAACUAAUAUAUUGCAAUAACAUGUUAAUUUUCUCUCAGGCAUACGAUAUUGCUUCGAUAUUAGUAAAUUGCAAUUGAAUAGAUAGUUAUUUGCGUGGGUAACACGAAAUUGAUCCCUAAUCUAUUGUAAAUAUUAUUGGACAGAUAGUGUGUUUAUAUUAUGUGAAAUAAAUUCUGUACCAUA